GGGGGCCACGCCACCUCCCACUCCUCCAGCACACACAGAGACGCUCCAAACUUGUGGAGCGCACCGCGGAAACUUUUUAACAGUGGCUCGCCCGGCGCUGACAGGAGUAGAGACGCCUUUGUGGCUCCGGAGAGGUGAAAGUUGCGCAAGGGGGGAUGGCGAGGAGGCACGAUGGUGGCCCCGCCGCGCGGCUCAUCUGAGGCCGCAGCGAGAAACGUGACGCUUUCAAACUCCACGCGGACAGAGUAGUGAGACGCGGAUUACAGGGUGAGCCGCAGGUCCUCCCGUCACCUGGACAGCAUGGUGCGCGUGCAGGGGCUCGGCUGGGUGCUCCUGAGCGCGCUCCUGCAGCCCGUGGCGCCCUGGGGCGUGCGGCCAGCCGCCAGAUCGAGCCAGUGCGACGUGCCAAAGUCGCAAAAUGACAUGAACUCUUUCCUGUGGAAAGUCAAGCGCACCCCCCCGCUUCCGCCUUCCUAUCUUUACGGCACCAUCCACGUGCCGUACACCCGGGUGUGGGACUUCAUCCCGGACGUCUCCAAGCAGGCUUUCCACAGCAGCCGCAGUGUUUUCUUUGAGCUGGACCUGACCGACCCGCUCACAGUCUCCAAGCUGACCAGCUGCCAGCUGCUUCCCCACGGGGAGAACCUCCAAAGCCUGCUACCUCGAGACUUGUACCGUCGCCUCAAACGCCACCUGGACUACGUCAAGCACAUGAUGCCGUACUGGAUGACGGCGGACCAGCGCGGUCGCGGCCUCUACGCCGACUACCUAUUCAACGCUAUAGCGGGAAACUGGGAGAGGAAGAGGCCCGUGUGGGUGAUGCUGAUGGUCAACUCACUGACUGAGUGGGAUGUGAGGUCCAGGGGGACGCCGGUGCUGGACUUGUUUUUGGCUCAGGAGGCCGAGAAGAUGGGAAAAACCACAGGGGCGGUAGAACGGGUGGAGGAACAGUGUCACCCCCUCAAUGGCCUCAACUUCUCUCAGGUGCUGUUCGCCUUGAACCAGACGCUGCUGCAGCACGAGGGUGUCCGAGCGGGCAGUCUGCAGGGCUCCUACACCACCGAGGACCUCAUCACUCACUACAACUGCGGGGACCUGAGCUCCAUCAUCUUUAACCACGACAACUCACAGUUACCCCACUUCAUCAACAGUUCUCUGCCGGCCCACGAACGCACCACGGCUCAACAGAUCGACAGCUACUUCCGCCAGGAGCUCAUCUACAAGCGCAACGAGCGCAUGGCUCGCCGCGUGUCCGCUCUGCUGCAGAGGAAUCCCAACCAGACCUACUUUUUUGCCUUCGGCGCCGGUCACUUCCUGGGGAACCACAGCGUGCUGGACAUCCUCCGACAAGACGGCUACAUGAUCGAUCACGUCACACCGAAUGACCGCCAACCCGCGACACUGACAACGGACAGCGAGCCAACCGGUGGCACGAGCCCAACCCCCCCCACCAGUUGGCCGACCGCUUCGAGCGAGAUGGAGCUCAGUAGCCUGCCUGGCGUCGGCGAGGAGGAGGGGGAGCUUCCUCACAUCCUGCAGCCGGACAGCCUGAGUCAGCUGGAGGAGUUCGGACGGCACAAGCGCCCUCGAAAAGCUCACCGCGGCCACGGGAGGCCCCGCCUCUUCAGUGACCUCUGGGUUCGCUUCGGAGAUGGCACCACCUCGCCACCUAAUGUGAGGAUCAUCAACGGUUACGUGACAGUGGAGCCCCUGCUCACCCACCAGGAGGACCACGCCACGUACAAACACCCGAGUCCGGCCUCUUUCACGCCAGCCGGCCCCACCUCGGCGCAGCCGCAAUCGUCGGCCCACGGCGCGCUUUCGCUGACGUGUGCUUUCGCCUGGCUGCUGUUGUACGUGCUGUUCACCUCCUGACCGCCGGAGGGAACACUAGACUACCACAAUGCGCACUAAGACAUGCAGGAAUGCUUUGAGUGACGCUGCUGAGCCCUUCCUAAAGCUGGCCAUGCAUUCACAUGUGGAUCUGUCAUGACGCUCACCAUGAGUGGACUACAAUAGUCCAAAAGCCUCUACACCAUAGGGAAGAAACUAAAUGGAGAACUGGAGCUAUUUAGAACUGGUGCGGUCGCAUAUUGUGACCAUAAAAUCAGUGAUUCUCAAAGUGAGGUCCGUGAGCCAAAAUUUGGUGGGCCUGCAAAAAAAAUGUACAAUAACAUUUGUUUUAUCGUUUAAAGAAGUGUGUAUGGGGGACUGUCGCACUAAUAAAACAGAAAAAGACAGUUUUGGGCCAAUGAAAUGCUCUAAUAGGAUUUUGAUGGAGCAUACAUCUGACACCACUUCUUGAAUAGUUAAACGAAAGGCAUAUUUUUAAGAAUGCAGUGGUGGCUUGAGGUAACUUCAGAGUUUUUUUUUAAGGCAAAAGUUUCCAUAACUUCUGUUGCUCUGACUUGUGAGCAAAAACUUGAGAUACAAUAUGUGCUACCACAUAAAUUUGCCAUUAAGUCCACUACUGUAACUCUAACGCACAAAGGAAAACACCAUAAACUGGCUAACAAAUAGCAUCAGUUAUAAACCUUGAAGUGAUGUAUAUUUGAACACAAAUGGUGGAGAAACACACAUAGAUAGGUUCUUGAAUUUGUGGUGAUAACAUGAGCAAUAAGCAUUUUCAUGUCUGUUGCCCUUCUGCCAUCCCACCCCACAAAAUGAAAUAGUUUGACGCUACCUUCAAAAGUAAUGUUAAAAAAAAAAAAAAGCUUUUUUUUUUUUUAAUUUUAAAAACAAUCCACAAAUAGGUGAAUCCACGGUAUACGAGCAUGGUAAUUCAACAAAUUCAACUCGUAAUUCAAGGCGUUAGUGUAUUGUCCUCUCACAGAAAAUAAGGCAUCUUUUCCGGAAUAAAGUGUUUUAAAUCACAAAAAUACAGUUGGGGUUUUUCAAAUUAUCAAUACGAUAUAUCAUACCUUCUAAAAUGUAUUUAGCCAUUUUUUUUAUAUAUCGCAUGAAGAAAAAAAAACAAAAAAACUUACAAGGUUACAAGUUUUCUGAAAACACACAAAUUUGUCAAUGCAACAUUGUAAAUUUUACUCAAAAACAUGCAAUUUUUAAAUUCCUAUGGCAUUAAAAGCACAAUGCGGAAAUUAUGUCUAGAUGGUGUUAGAAUUAUCAGACCCUGGGGGGGGGGGUGAUCUCCCUUAAAAGGGACCCAAAAAGUCUGAAAAUCCCUCCAUUUCAUAAUACUAAAUGGACAUUUUUGAUUAACGCUGAUAUUGUGAAUACAACCUAAUAACGACUAUAACUUCGUAAGAUAACAAACAGUGCU